AUGUUUCUUCCUACGUUGACCACCCUCGCCGCCCUCCUCUCCCUCUCUUCGACCACCUCGGCCUCUUCCUCGCACUCCCUCUCUGCCCGUUCGCCAUCGAAGCACAAUCACAACCUCGCCGCUCGUGCACCUACCGUUUGCAACGGACAUGCCGAGCUGUGUGAUAGGAGUUAUGGCAACGUGACGUUCAUCGGCACGCAUAAUUCGUAUGGGAACGGGAGCAGCAUUAUGGAUAAUCAAGGCAAGGGGGUCGUGGAUCAGUUGAACGAUGGCGUGAGGACGUUGCAAGUCCAAGCUCACAAGGGCAGCACGGGGGACAUCCGACUCUGCCACAGUUCAUGCACCUUGUUGGAUGGAGGAUCUUUGACGAGUUACUUGACCAAGGUCAAAGGGUGGAUGGACGCCAAUCCCAACGAAGUUGUCUCCCUCGUCAUCGUCAACAUCGACACGAUCGAACCCUCGACCUAUGCCAGCGCGUUCGAUGCGGCCGGAAUGACGUCCAACGUGUACCAACCCGCUGGAGCCGUCACGGCCAUCGACGCUUGGCCCACUUUGGGUAGCAUGAUCGAGAGUGGAGGCAGGAUGGUGGUUUUUAUGGAUUAUGCGGCGGACUUUAACAGUGUUGGCUGGAUCAUUGAUGAAUUCAGCAACAUGUGGGAAGACGCGUACGACGUGACCGACCAGGAGUUCGGCUGCAACGUCAACCGAUCUUCCGGCUCGCCCACGACGACCUUGAGUCUUACCAACCAUUUCCUCGACGUCUACGGCAACAUUCUCGGUAUCAACGCCUGGUUGCCCAACAAGGACCUCUUGAACGAGACCAACGCCGAGACGGGGUACGGCAGUAUCGGUCAGGGAGCUCAGAAUUGUGUCGGGUUGUGGGGAAGGCCGCCCAACCACAUCCUCCUAGAUUUCUACGACUCGAACGGGAACUCGCCUUUCAACGUCGCCGCGCAGUUGAACGGGGUCUCGGCGCCUACCAAUACCGUCGAAGUCAGCGAGGAUUCCAAAGGGAGCAACGCCGAGGCGAGCGGGGUCGCAAAGUCCACCGCGGCGGCCACGGGGGCGACCUCUACCGGAGGGAGCGCGGCGAGGACAACGACCUCGGCUCUGAACGCUGCUGGGCGUUCGGUCGCCUCGCUCGGGAGUGGGGUCUGGGUGGCAGGGAUCGUUGCGAUGAUGGUCGGUGCGGGCGGGUUGAGCCUGUCGCUCUAG